UGUCACGUGCGUGGGCGUGCGCGUGUCUACAUGGGCGUGUACGUGUGAGGGGGUGUGGAUGCAUGUGUGCACAGUACGGCAUCCAGACGUGUGUGCGUGUAGAUGUGGGUAAACAUUUCACUAUAUAUAUAUAUAUGGACGUGCGUGUGUGCGUGUAGAUGUGAUAGCAUGCAUACGCAUAGAUCCGUUUGUGGUCCAGGCUGCAGAUGGGCAUCUAUUUGCAUGCAUCUAUGCCUAUUUGUAUGCAUGUAGAUUUAUACAUAUAUGUGUAUGUGAGGGGAUGAAGGCGGGUGCAUGUUUUUGUUUGCAUGCAUGGAUGUGUAUGUGAGUGUGUUUCUAGAUAUGUGCACGUGUGUGGAGGGGUGCAGACGGGUGUUGUGUCUGUACGAAUAUAUGUAAGCUUAAGCGUGCAUUUAGAUAUAUGUGUAUGUAUGUACUUAUAUGCAUGCAUACAUGUGUGUGUCUGUGUGUAUGCAUUCAGGUCUGUGUGAAUGUGUAUAUAGAUAGAGGUGUGUGGAUGCCCGUGGAGUUGUAUGUGUCUGUGUAAUAAAUAUCUCCGUGCUUGCUUGCAGCCUGCUUGGGGGAAGUGGACACAGUGAAAGGGGAAAAAAGAACAGUGCGCAAAAUGGACAGUAGCGAACGAAAGAAUAACCUCAAGGAAGCACAGAAAAGAUGGACAUUCAUGCUGGAGACAAGACUCGGGAAAGCUCAGAAUCUCAAGGAAACACUGGAGAAGGAAUGAUUUUGGGGAGGCCAUGACCUCCAAGAGAAAGAUCCUGUGAUGUUCCAGAAUUUCUUGACAUUCCAAGAUGUGGCUGUGGAAUUCACCCAGGAGGAAUGGAGCUGUUUGGAUCCUGGCCAGAAGGACAUGUACAGGGACGUAAUGCUGGAGAAUUAUGAGAACUUUGUCUCUCUUGCAGGGUUUCCAGUAAUUAAACCAAACGUGAUUUCUCGGCUGGAGAGACAUGAAGCCCCCUGGCUAUCAGGGGAAGAAGACCCCAGAUGCUCUUCUGAGGAUUCAGAAUGUGAAACCAAUGACUUAGCUUCAGCUUCAGUGCAAUGUAUUUCCACAAGAAAGCAAUUCAUAAAGAGAUUCAAAAAGUAUGGUUUCUGGGAUUCCAAAUUGGGAGAAGUUUGGAAUUAUGACUCUGGAUUAGAAAGGCAGACAAACGACCUGGAAAGAGAGCUAAUAGUGAAGCAUAAAAACCCGUCUCACAAGUUCAGUGUUCCAUAUUUUUUCCAGUUUGGAAAAAAACUCAGUUUCAGUUCAGUUCCCCUUCCAAAACAGAGAGUUUCUACAGCAAAAUGUUUUCAUAAUCAUUUUAGAGUUGAAAAGGGCUUCAAAUGGUAUACACACUUAAUUAAACUGUGUAAGUCUAAUAAUUACAAGCAUACUUUCAGUUAUCACUCAAAACUUAAUCAUUACCAUAAAGUGUGUUCUCAAGGAGAACCUCAUAGAAUUAAUGAAUAUGGCAAAACCUUCCACAACAAUUCAUGCCUUACUGAACAUGGAGGAAUUUGUAGUGGAGAGGAAUGUCAUCAGUUUGGGGAAUGUGGGAAGACUUCCAGUUACAAUUCAUAUCAUACUAUUCAUUUGAAAAAUCUUCAGGAAGAAAAGCCUUUUAAACAAAGUAAAAAAGGUGGGAAAGCUUUUCACCAGAGGCGAUAUCUUGGUCAACAUAAGAGAAUUCCUACUGAAGAGAAACCUUAUAAAUGUAAUGAAUGUGGAAAAGCCUUCACUCUUAAGGGAAAUCUUAAUUCACAUAAGAGAAUUCAUACUGGAGAAAAACCCUAUAAAUGUACUGAAUGUGGAAAAGCCUUCAGGCAGAAUAGGAGCCUUAAAUCCCAUAAGAAAACUCAUACUGAUGAGCAACCUUAUAAAUGUAAUGAAUGUGGAAAAGCCUUCACCCUUAAGGGAAACCUUAAUUCACAUAAGAGAAUUCAUACUGGAGAAAAACCCUAUAAAUGUACUGAAUGUGGAAAAGCCUUCAAGCAGAAUAGAAGCCUUAAAUCACAUAAGAAAAAUCAUACUGAAGAGCAAUCUUAUAAAUAUAAUGAAUGUGGAAAAGCCUUCAUGGAGAAGAAAGCCCUUGAUGGACAUAGGGAAAUUCAUACUGGAGAGAAACCCUAUAAAUGUAAAGACUGUGGAAAACCCUUCAGUGAUAAGGGAUACCUUAAAAGACACAUGAAAAUUCAUAGUGGAUUGAAACCUUUUAAAUGCAAUGAAUGUGGAAAAGCUUUCAAUUCUAAGAAAGAACUUGCUGUACAUGAGCGAAUUCAUACUGGGGAGAAACCCUAUACUUGUAUUGACUGUGGAAAAGCCUUUAGACAGAUGGGAGGUCUUAAUAGACAUAAGAAAAUUCAUACUGGAGAGAAACCCUAUAAAUGUAAAGAAUGUGGAAAAGACUUCAUGGAGAAAAGAGGUCUUAAAUCACAUGAGAAAAUUCAUACUGGAGUGAAACCCUAUAAAUGUAAUUUGUGUGAAAAAGCCUUCAGCCUUAAGGAUCACCUUAGUAGACAUAAGAAUAUCCAUACUGGAGCGAAACCCUAUAUAUGUAAAGAAUGUGGAAAAGCCUUUCGCUCUAAUGAAGGCAUAAAUAGACAUAAGAUAAUUCAUACUGAAGAGAAACGGUAUAAAUGUAAUGAAUGUGGAAAAGGCUUCAACUUUAAAAUAGGCCUUUCUUUACAUGAGGGAAUUCAUACUGGGGAGAAACCCUAUAAGUGUAAUGAAUGUGGAAAAGUCUUCAGGCAUAAGGGACAUCUUAGGAAACAUGAGAGAAUUCAUACUGGCGAGAAACCUUAUAAAUGUAGUGAGUGUGGAAAAGUCUUCAGCCUUAAGGAAUACCUUAAUAGACACCAGAAAAUUCAUACUGCAGUAAAACUCUAUAAAUGUAAUGAAUGUGGAAAAGUCUUCAGCCUUAAGGAUCACCUUAAUAGACAUAAGAAAAUUCAUACUGGAGUGAAACCCUAUAAAUGUAGUGAAUGUGCAAAGGCCUUCAGGCUUAAGGGACACCUUAAUAAACACAAGAAAAUCCAUACAGGAUUGAAACCCUAUACAUGUAAUGAAUGUGGAAAAGCUUUUAAUUGUAAUGAAGGCCUCAAUGGGCAUAAGAAAAUUCACACUGUAUUGAAACCCUAUACAUGUAAUGAAUGUGGAAAAGCCUUCAGCCUUAAGGAAUACCUGAAUAAACAUAAAAGGAUUCAUUCUGGAGGGAAAUCCUUUGAAUGUACUGAUGUUGGAGAAACUUGUACUUGAAGUCCAAAAUUCACCUAAUAAAAAAUGAGAAUCUCUUAGAGUGUAAUAAAUAUGGGAAAACUUUCUUGUACAGCUCAAACCUUAAGAAACAUCAGAUAAUUCACACUGGAGAGCAGUCAUCUACAUGUAAACAAUGAGAAUGUUUCUAACCAGCAGAAACACUUAAGAGAUCCAGUAGAAGUCUUACUGGACAUGAAGUUUUAAAAUGCUGUUUAUUUUACAUGAAAAUAACUUCACAGGGUCAAUCUAAUGUAACACAUUAGACAGUCUUACUGACAAAAUAAUUGCAUUUUGGGGAACAAAAUCUUUUAUAGCUGGGGACAUGGAGGAGCAGAAGACAACUUUGGGAGUGGAUUGAGAUGUUAAAACUGUCUGGCCUUAGUUACUUUAAACGUGCUAACUAGACAAUCUCAGAUGUUAGACACAGUAUGGAUUACAAAGCUAAUAAGUAAAGUCUAACUUUACAUCAUUCUAUGCAAACUAGAUUGGAUGGUUGGUUUUUUUUUUUUUUUUUUUUAAUUCAGAUAAUGGGGACCAAAUGAACACAGUAGUAAUAGCCAUUAUUUAUGAUGUGGACUUUAACUAUCUCAGUCUCUGUUUCUCUCAAUGUUUUUCUCUUCUCCUUCCUACUCUCCUAGAUAUUUUUUAUUCUCCCCAAAUCACUUUAUUUUUCUUUUGGGUUACUCUGUACUUAACUUCUGUUGAAUAUUUCAUAUCAUCCCUGGUAGAUUGUGAACUCACUGAGGCAAGAUCUGUCUCACUUUCAUAUUUGUACUGUCAAUACCAGUUCCUGCCACAGAGAAUUUAAUAAAGGCAUAGUGAUUUUUUGA